CUGCUCUCGGCUGUCAACCCACCCUCCGAGCCGCGCGGGCUGGCCCCGCCAGUCAAUCAAUCAAUCGAUCGUAUUUAUUGAGCGCUUACUGUGUGCAGAGCACUGUACUAAGCGCCUUGGGACCCCUCCGAGUCUGAGGGCGAAACCCCGCUGCUGAGACAUGCCCCGCGCCCGCAAGGGCCACGCGCCUGGCCGGAGGGGCCAGCGCCGAGCCGGGGGAGCUAGGAGCAACAUCCAGCCUGACUCUCCAUCCAGCGACGAUGAGGCGGCCAGUGAAGCGUUGAGUCACUACAGUAGCACCAGUGAGGUAGCCAGCAUCGUGGAGGAGAGCCCUGGCAAUGAUGUGGUGGAUGAUCAGGCCCAACAAGAGGAGCUAGAAGAGAAGCUGAAAGAGUGCAUUGAUAAUGUGACUGACAAGAGCACCACGACCCGACAGGUGGCCCUGCAGAGUCUGCGUCUGGCCUUCUUGUCUCAUGUGCUCUCUGACCUCCUGUUGGACCGGUGCCUCACCCUCGCCGACUCCCUCGAGAAGUGCCUCAAGAAAGGUAAAGGAGAAGAACAGUCUCUUGCUGCUUCUGUGCUAACCCUUCUGUGCCUUCAGUUGGGCUCAGAGCCUGAAGGGGAGGAGCUUUUUCAUAGACUCCGACCCCUGCUCAUCUCCAUCCUCACGGACCCCUCAGCCAGCCUUGGUGCCAGAAAUAGUUGUGCCACAGCCCUUGGGAUGUGCUGUUUCAUUGCUGCUGUUGAAGUAGAGGACCUCAUCUCGUGCCUCACCUGCCUAGAGGCCACCUUCACUGGGGCAUGUGGGGAGGAGGGAACUGUGGCCCUGACCCUGCUCCAGCCACUGCACUGCUGUGCCCUCCAGGCCUGGGCCCUCCUCCUUACCAUCUGUCCCAGCUCCCACAUCCAAAGAAUCCUGCGCAGUCAACUGGCCCAGUUGCCCCAGCUCCUCUCCAGCGACAACGUGCACCUGCGCAUCGUAGCAGGGGAGACCAUAGCUCUCCUGUUUGAGUUAGGCCGGGACCUGGAGGAGGAUUUCUUGUAUGAGGACACCGACUCACUGUGCAGUAAGCUCCGGGACCUGGCCACUGACAGCAACAAGUACCGGGCCAAAGCCGACCGGCGUAGGCAGCGCUCCAUCAUCCGUGAUGUCCUCCGCUUCAUCGAGAAUGGGGAGUGCCAUGAGGAGACAGUCAAGUUUGGGAUGGAGUGUAUGUACGUGGGCAGCUGGGCGCGCCGCCGCACCUACACCGCCUUCAGGGAAGUCCUGGGCUCCGGGAUCAGCCAUCACCUGCAGAACAACGGACUGCUCCGUGACAUCUUCAGCCUGGGCCCCGUGUUGGUGCAGGAUGCUGUUGCCAUCAAAGCCAACAAAAUCUCCCGCUUUGAGAAGCACCUCUACAACUCUGCUGCCUUCAAAGCCCGGACAAAAGCACGCAACCGUGUGAGGGACAAGCGAGCGGAUGUCUUGUGAGUGGAGACCCUCAGCAGCCCCUUGGGACUGGAUGAGAAGGUUCCACUCCCUAUCCCUGUUUAUUUUUCUGUUAGUGGAAAGACAAUGCUGCAACACUAUCGGCCAUGUGGCCUGGUUCCCUGGG